AUGAGUGAGCGCAUCACGACAUCAAGCAAGCUGGAUCCAGCGGCUGCACUCCUUUGGCAUCCGCCCGGGGACAGGAUUGGCUUUCUAGACGAAUUCCCUUUCCCUCGUCUCCGUAGCCCAAUUCUGGACGCGACGUUGGCCUGUCGCCACAGCUUCAGGAGCAUCUGCUUCGCACGGCACAAUAAGUCGAAAUGGGCAGAGGAGAACCUUAUAAGCUUCAACGCCUGGUCCGUCUCCUCGGGAGCUGGUGUUUGGGGAGAAUUUAGCUUGGACGACAAGCUCGUGACGCGGAGACAGGACAGCUGCAUUCUGCGAAAUCUUUUGUGGAUGCUUGAUGACUUUGUCAACGCUGUCGGCCGAAUAGGCAAACAACUAUUCACCCUUACGACUGACUUUCUCCGAUCUCUUCCCUUUACCCGCCUCUGGGACUCUGAGUCAUCCUUUGGAGAUGAAGCAGAUGAGGACUUGGUGUCUUUUAAAUCCACCCUCCUCUCAGAGUACGAUCCGUUACUGGCCGACACAGACAAAGGCCGUGUCCAGAGUAUCACAGCUGUACGAGAUCGACUGGUUGAAGCAAACUCAAAACGACGUGUUCGUCUACAGAAUGCCAGAAAGCGAAAGGCUGAGUCCAAAUUAGGCACUUCGCCACAAGGCCAAGGACUUUAUCCUGUCCUACCACCUCCAGUGGCAACUGGUAGCAAGGUCUUUGAAUGUCCUCACUGUUUCGAGAAUCUGCCGGUAUAUCUAGCUCGUGCAGAUCAUUGGAGGGAGCACGUCAUGGCCGAUCUUGCACCUUUUACGUGUGUUGUAUCGGAAUGUCAGCAUCCGAACUUGUUCUUCACAUCCGAAUUUGACUGGAGAUCACACCUAGAACGUGCGCACGGCGUGCAGAGGUGGACAUGCUAUUAUUGCGACCCGGCAAUCAGUUUCGACAGUCUUAAAACCCUGAGAAAACAUCUGGAGGCGAAACGACUCGACAAAUUGCAUGCUGCCGUUCUCAAGCUCGGGGACCCUGAAGUCUCGACCGAAACGGCUAGUUGGCAGAUUGACAAGCCUUUAGAAUGCCCGUUUUGUCCCGAAAUCGCCUUGGGGGAUCGGUCUCUGGAUCAUAUCGCCAGCUGCUUGUUUGGCUUCGCCUUGAAGGCACUUUUAUAUAACGAUACAGACUUGCAUAGGGCAUCGACGGCAGUACCGGUGUCACCAAUCGAACCGUCCGACGCACUAGGCAGCACUGGUCUCAAUAUGCCUGUAGAGAACAUAGCCAUGCCGAUUGAUCUGCUGAGUACAGAAGGUCAACCAGUUCCUAAUCGCCCGCAAGCUAUCAGCCCCAGUAAUCUGUCAAAGAUUCCGACUGGGUCCAAACAAUCCUCAACGACCAGAUUGCCAAAGCGCGGAGACCACCAUAGCCGUCGCAGCGCUGCCAGGAGAACUUCGCCUUUGGUAGUUCCGCAAAAUGUUGGGCAGAGAUCAGCGCCAUCACCCGAGCCAGCGAUGAUAAGCGAUGGCCCUCCGACGAAGCGACGGAAGCUGAGUGAAGAUGACUUACCAGCUCCUAAUUUUGAACAGCAAUCACUGGAUACUUGGAUCUCCUGUACAUCCUCAGUCAUGGCAACCAUCAGCGGAUCUGGGCUCUCGGGUUCCACCAGCCGCAUAAUGGCGAGCGGCAACACUACAAUGAGAACGCAGUGGGUUCAUGAGUGGGAUUCCGAAGUGCUACCCUGGGAGGGAUGGGAAAGUUGCUACCCCGGUUACACCGCCAAGAGAGACCAUGAACGACGGUCCAUCGUUGCGAUAGAGCAAUUUAAAAGAGUCGAGAGGGGCAUACCUACUUGA